UUUGUCCUGUUCACCGUCGUCCAAUGGCGUGACUGCCAGGCCGGCCACCUCGGGCUCCGCCAAUCACCCGUCGCCUCGAACGAUGACGUCACGAGGUCCGUUUCGAAGACGAGUAAAGGCGGUUUAGCGGCGACACAGGGCGGGCGCCAGUCUCUCGAAAGGGUUCAGAAUCUCUUGGACAGGACGAACGGAAAAUUCCUCUUAGGAGACACUCACACGAAAGAUGUGAGGAAUAAUAUCGCCACGGAUGAGAGCAAGCAGAAGAGCGGCGCUAGGGAAGGGAGGAGUAGUGAAGGAAAUAAUGGCAUAAACGAGGAUAAGGAGGAGUUGACGGAGGACGUCACGGAAAGAACUAAUCGAGAUGAUGUCACGGAAGCGCAUUAUCCAGAUGAUGACGUCACGGAAGCGCGUUAUGCAGAUGAUGUCACAGAAGCGCAAAACCUUGAUAACGUCACAAAAGCAUAUAAUCCAAACGGUGACGUCACGGAAGCAUACAGCCCAGAUGAUGACGUCACGGAAGCAUACAGCACAGAUAGUAACGUCACGGAAGCAUACAGCCCAGAUAAUGACGUCGCGGAAGCAUACAGCCCAGAUGAUGACGUCACGGAAGCAUACAGCCCAGAUGAUGACGUCACGGAAGCAUACAGCCCAGACGAUGACGUCACAGAAACGCAAAACCCAGACCAUGCUACGGAAACCUACUACACAAGUGAUGACGUCACGGAGGGAGGCUGGACGGAGCAUGCCCUUACUAUGGAGCACACAGAGGGUUCUGACCAAUUCGAUGACGUAACGGAUGAGAUCGUCCAAUCGGAAGUCUCUACAGCAAGCUUCGAUUCACCCGAGGUCACUACUGAAACCUAUGACGUCAUCACAGGUAGUUAUGACGUUAUGGAUGAUGUCACCGAAAGCACUUAUCAGUACUACGACGUUACGGAAAGUCUAGACGUCACCACCUUAUCUGCUGAAGUUUCUUUGACUGAAAAUCCGACGAAGGAAAGAGAAAAUGUCGAUAAACAAGAUGAAGGGAGAGAUGACAGCGAGGAGGAAGAGGAGAAAGAAACAAAUAUGGAAGAAAUGACGAUGAUGAGAAAGGAAAUGGAAAUAGACAUGGAAGACAUUUUAUUAAAAGAAAACGAGAAUGAAGAAGACGAAGAUACAGAGAAUGAAGACACAGAAGCCGAGGAAUCGAGCGAAAAGGAAACAAAAGACGAAACAGAGGAGCACGUGAAAGAGCGAAGAAGAGGGAAGGCCAAGAAGUGGUCGCCUCCGCGGUUUCAGCUGAUAGACAACGAGACGGACGACCUGACGAAGAAGAAGAAGAAAAGCCACCUGGACGAGGCGCUGAAGAAGAAGAUGCACGACUCUCACGGGUUCCUGGUGGGUCGGCCGGACGUCGAGAUGGAGGACGAGGUGGAGGACUUGAAGAUUCUCGAGGCCGUGGUGACUAGCAUGGCGGAGUGGGAGUUCAAUCAGCUGCAGAAGAAGCUAAACGGGAAGCGACGUGUGAAGAGGGACGAGGAGGUUGUGUGUUACAAGGACCUAGGCUGCUUCAGGGACGAGGGGCCCUUCGACUACCUGGAUAUGCUUCCUUCGCCGCCUGAAGAGAUCAACACGAGAUUCCUCCUAUACACUCGCGAGCGUGCCGACAGGGAGAAGCUAAUCACCUACCAAAACAUCAGUUCCCUUCUCGACUCCACCUUCAACGUUUCAAGACCUACGAAGAUGCUUAUCCAUGGCUUCGGCUCCUCUUGCUACAGUGUGUGGAUACGAGAAAUGAGGGUGGCGCUCCUUACAAUGAUGGACGUAAACAUCAUCUGCGUGAACUGGCAAAAGGGGGCGGAAGUUCCCAACUACGUAAGGGCGGCGAGCAACACGCGUCUCGUGGGUCGACAGGUGGCGGUGCUGAUCGAGACGAUGAACGCUUAUCUCAACACGACUUUGGACGACUUCCAUCUCAUUGGAUUCUCUCUCGGAGCCCAUGUCUCGGGCCACGCAGGAGCCAGGCUGAAGAAUCUCUCAAGGAUCUCAGCCACCGAGGGCGACGGCCGGUACCUGUGCAACCACCGACGGGGCUACAAGUACUACCUCGACUCCAUUGCCCCGAUCUGCAAGUUCCCUUCGUUCGUGUGUCGGGACUUCGAAAGUUUCGUGAGGGGCGACUGCUUCCCGUGCGAGAAAUGCGGGAACAUGGGUUACUUCGCCGACCAGGCUGAGGGGCGCGGGCAGCUGUAUCUCGUCACCAGGGAUACCGAGCCAUUCUGCGCCAACCAGUACAAGGUGACCGUCCGGCACUCGGGGGGACCUCCAGCCGACCCCGUUACUACUUACGGGCGAAUUGACAUCACCUUCAUCGCCCCGGAUGGAAUCAAUGAGACUUUGCAACUCACGAGAAGCGAAGACGAAGCCAUGGAAGCUGGGGGCAAGACAAUGCGAAUCCUCGUGCCCCACCCGGCGAUCUCCGAAGUGACGGGGGUACAGCUUCGUUACACCGCCUACAAGGGAUGGAUUUACUCCGGUUUCUCGCGCUGGGCCAUCGACCAGAUCGUCCUCAUGGAUAGCUUCGGAAAGACCCUCUCGUUCUGCAACCGAGGGACAACCUUAGUGUCCGAGAAGGUGAUGCAGUUCAGCCUCCUGCCAGGGGAGUGCCCGGCAAGAGAGGUGCUCCACGGACCGCCCAUCACGCCCUGGCCCUUGGAGGAGCCCAGACCAGACCACGGCGGCGACGAGAAACACAAGGAGAUCGAGAACGAAGUCCGUCACGUCCCGGGACUGAGGUUGGCGGUGGCGCAGCGCGUGGAACCCCGAAAGAACGUCACUCAGAACGUGUCUCAGGGAACGCUCAACCACACCCGCGUCGUCCCUGGUCCCGUCGACGCCUUCCCCAACGUUCCUCUGUCACCUGAAAGCGGCGAAGGACUCUUGUCAAUCACACUCGAAGUCCCUCCGAAUUACCAGGAAAUUCCACAGGGACUCUACACGACCUCCCUGUCGCAUCAUCUCCAGAACCCUCGCCAGCCCCAGCAGCCACGCCCGAACCCUCCCAGCGCUCUGGCCGACCGCGUGAGACUCGGGGGGCCGCCCGGCAGGAGGAUCACUCUGCCCCCCAAGGCUUCGGAGGACGUGGCGGUGAGCAGCGAGGACCCCGUUAGCGUCAUCCCCGCUCCGGAUCUCGCCAACAGACCCCACAACCUCACCAGCUUCAUGCAUCCCCCACCUCCGCCUCAGCCCUCUGGGGUCACGGGCUCGCCGACUGAGCCUCCUCUCGUCCAAACCUCGAACCUCAACGCAAUGGCCGCAGCAGAAAAGCAGAAGAACAGUCAGGGCAAGUUCCAGGUGUUCGUCACUCUUCCGACGACUUCGACGCAGAGUUUGUCAACGACUGGUAACCCUGGGCAAGUCUCCCAGACGGAGACGAUUGCCGACGUGACGACAGUGAGUGAUAGCCCUCAGAGGGUCGUCUUCACGACCGGAGGCACCCUCGGCAGUACCUUCUCGACAAGAGCGAGCAAUCCUUUCCUUGCAACCUCAACUGAAAUCGAUCAGCUGAUCACAGCUCUUUCUCCAAGCCCUGCAACUCAUACGGAAUCUCCAGUCGGUGACAGCAGCGUGGCUGGAACCGAGGCUUCACACCUGAGUACUACUCCAGGAACCCUGGGUUCUGCGUCCAAGAGUCCCUGGCUCGUGUCCUCUACUUCAGGGCCGAUUCUGAAGUCAUCUACUUCUACAGACAAACCCGAGAAGAACUUAGAGAAUCCGCAGGUCUUUGACGUGACGCAGCAGUUUAUCAAACAUAGAGAUGGCAUAAAUGGCUUCCCGCAAGAGGGCUUCGGUUUCCAUCCCCUGGACCGCUACCCUUCCGCCUUCCAUACAGGACCCGGCUUGAGCGAGGACAUCCAUGGCCCAGUGGAUUACAACAGCGUGAUAGAUGGAGAGAUUCCGGUGCGGGAGCGCGCCCGCGCCCUGACCUUCGGCCCUCUCCCUGCCAACGUCUUCAGCCGAGAGCAAAGCGCCGCCGAAGAGAAAAGCGACUGCCAGGACCCGUCCUCCUGCUUAGAUUUGGGCUCAGGUUUGGGUCACCCCGGUCCCUCCCCGAACGCCCAGAACCGGGAGUCCGUCUCGUACGGCGCGACGUACUCUCCCUCGCACUCGCGUCCCGCCUGGUCCAAUCAGCCCCCCAUCGGGGACUCUCCUCAGAGGACCUUCCCAUCUCCAGCUGAUGCGCCGCCAAGACUUCCCCCGCCAGGCCACGGCGGCCCUCUUCGGAUGCCACCCGUCCGGAGCCCGCCCCUGGAGACGAUCGUGGGUCGGGGAAGAGCUCUGCAGCCUCUCCUGCUUCCACCUCGCUCAGACCAGGGCCAGCCACAGCAGCAUCACCAGACGUCGCCAACGCAGCAGCUACUACAGCGACAGCAAUAUUCAGGGCAGCAGCAGCAGCAUCGACCGCCAGCACAGCACCAGGGCCACGCGAGCCAGAGCCAUGACCAGGACAACCAGCCGUCGCGACAGCACUUGGUGUCGGUGUCAGCGGGCAACGUGACGCAAAUCGGCCCCGAGAUCUCCGAGAGGUCCCAGCACCCUGUCAACGCUCCCGCGCCCUACUACGUGCAGAUUCUCCCGCCGAGCUUCAGCCACCUGCCGCACCUGGAGACCUUCUCGAUACCACGAGAGCACAGAAAGUCCCAACAGGAGUCCAGGAAACGGGUAGGCGUGUCAGGGCGGUCGAACAGAGGGCGAAGUCUCUCUGGCAUCGGCGUUCCACCUCCUGGAGGCCGCGCUGCUGUCUUCACGCCCUUGCUUCUGCAGCUGCAAGACGACCACCGAGGGAGGUACAUUCCCCUUCGGCCGCUUCCUGAUCCUCCUGUCCUAACAUAAGCCAAAAGGCUUUCAAGUAAUCCUAAUAUUUCUCUAUAGAUCUACAUACAUCCAAUCCAGUUGUCAGUCUCCUACCCAUAACAUACCCACUGUGUGUAAUACACACAGAUGUGGUUUAGAUCACAGAGGCUGGUUUUCCAAAACCACACCGCAGAUGCCGCGACAAGAGGUUCAUUAAAAAAAAUCUUCAGUUUGAUGCCGAAAUGUAAAUGAUUAGUUAUCUUGUACAUCUAAUCAAAGUCGCAAGGCAUCUUACGAACCCAGUUCGUGUAUUGUCAAGGAAACAUUACCACUUUAUCCCCCCAUAAAACAAAUCGCACACAAUAACAUUUCACACAAUCCACGUCAAGUCACACAUUUUCCGCCUAGUUCGCAGCCAAUUCCAUUUCAUCUCUUCCUGAAUAGUUGUUAACGGCUGUAUUGAAUCUUAUAUAUACUUACCUUUUGAAUUUCGCUGCUGGCCGGCGAUAUUUUCGUAAAUAUUUAUAAUUAUAAUUAUCAGAGUAUGUAGAGUUCGGCUAGAACAAGUAAUUAGCUAUUAGUGGCCAGUUCGAGUCUUACAGGAAAAUAACUUUAAUUUCAAAAUAAUUCGGAAAUUUUCUAGGGUGGAUCAUAUGGCCCUUUUAAUGAAUGAUACAUUACCGCGUAGCUCAUGAUAAUGUACAUACCGUACAAAUCGUGUUGUAAUGUCAGCCAUCAUUUCACGUUGCCAAACUUGGGAUAUGAGAAGCAGAUCAAGAGAUAAAGGAAUGAAGAAAAAAAACGAGAGUUGUUUACAUCUCACACCAGAUGUUCCUUUUCAUUUAUUAUUUUCCAAAGCCUCAUAUAAGAUCAGAUACUUGAGGUCAAAACCGUUUGAACAUCAAAGUAAUCUUGAAUAUUAGAUGCAAAGAUAAUCGUAGACCAGCGAUGCAUUUCCUAGACAUAACAAAAUUCUGUUUUCGUCGUGGGUCAUUUCCAGAUUGUAUUUUUUCAAUCAACAGUUCUUCCUGCUUGGUAUUUAGGUUUUCUUUUCAAGAUCCAGAUGUUAAUAGGAUGUUCGAUAUGUUAUGAAGUAUCGACAGGAACAUCAUACCAACUGAAAUGGUUCUUGGAUAUGCUAAUAAAAGCUAGCAUUUGCAUGAAAUCAUAUAUUUAUUAUGCAUAGAUUUCAUGCUAUGAUAAAAUGUAGCUUUCAGUUUUGUCUCUGAAUACAACUUGUCAAGCACAUUUUUUUCUACUUGAGAAUGCACAAAAGUAAUCUUUCCCUCCAACGAAAAAAAAAUCAUACUUAUUUCUAAGUAGGGUUGAAGAUGCUGAAGGUUUCACUCAGGUCUCUAGUUAUCCACAGAGGUGCUGUGACUCGAAACAUUCCGUGCUAAUACUUUUAGAGAGGAAAUGAAAUGUGUUAGCACGGGUCUCUUGUAAACAAAACAUUGUGCCGUCCCAGUGUGUGUCCGAUCUGAGUUUUAUUAAUUUAUUCAUCAUGUGUCACUUUUAUUUAUUAUUUAUUAAUUCUCUACUUUUAAGUAUACUAAAAAAAUGUAGUUUGUAUGUGUAUGUAAUUUCACCUAAUUCACUUUCUUCCUGAGUUUCUUGUUCUUGAAUUGGUGUGUACUUUUUCCCCUUCUUAUGGCGUAUUCUGAUGUCCACGUCUUUCCACAGUAUUUCGAAAUCAUUUCAAUUCUACCCAAGUUGUAAUCUGGGUUCUUUAGUUUUGUGUUUCUCAAAAUGAAAGGUUUAAUCUAAAGGUUAAAAAAAUGUAUAGUGGCGAUGUAUGAUGUUUGUCAUUAAUUCUUAUAUAAAUCUGUUGUGUAUCAGAUACAGUAAUAUUUACUGUUACGUUUCCGUCUAUGAUAUACGCUUUUGUUAAGUUAUGAAAUGUGUUAUUUUAAUGUUCAUUUACAUCGUCUUCUCUGUUAUUGUUUACAGACUGACCUUCCAAUCUUUGCUCACACUAUGUCCAGUCGGCGUAACUCUUUCACUAUUUCUAAAUGCCGUUUUUCAAGCAGUUGUUUUAAUUUUUUAUAUGUUAAGUGAUGUGGUGGAAAAAAUGUAUUUCGGUUUUACUGAUUUUAGGUCACAUUUGAUGAACACAGUUUCUGUUAGGUAGUUAUAGUUUUAGUUGUAUUUAAUGGUAUAUAGAUAUAGAUUAUUUAAUAUGUAAUUAGCUUGCUAGAUAGAUAGAUAGAUAGACAGGUAUUUAACAGUUACGUAGUUAGAUGCAGAGGUAUUUAAGAAUAUACUGAAGCCUUUUCCCCUCAUUAAGAAACGAAAAUGUUACAUAUGUUAACUAAUUCCUUCCUUAAAAAACACAAAAAGAAACAUCAGAAACAAAUUAAAAAAAUAAUAAAAAAAGAACACAAUACAUAGGAAACAUUCACCCAUGCCAGAAACGCCGUACAUUUAAUCCCAUCAUUUUUCAUAUUUCUAAUUGCACGAGCUUGCCAUCUACUUUAGUUACUGUGGUAAGAAUCAGACCCAUUUUCUAUGAUUCAGGUUUUUCCUGUGUUUAUCCUAUUUAUCUUCAUUUGUGUUGUUUCCGUCUACUGUUUUGUCCCUUCAGUGUUAACUAGGACAUGCAUUAUGCGUGUAUACAUACAUGUAUAGUGUUGUAUUAUUCAGUGAUGUAUUAUAUGCUGAUCCUGUGUAUUAUUUAUUGUUGUAGCCAAAUACAGCGUUUAGAAAAACCCAGCAUCAGGUAUGUCUGGGCAAAGAAUUUCCACAAAUUCAAUGGUGGACUCACUUAGGGCUCCUGAUUAUGAAAUGAAAUGUAAAAGUGAGAAUUGGCAUCUCCUUUAAUAGUUGUGAACAGCUAACUAUGUAAAAGACUGUUGGUGUCACUUAUAGCUAUAUGAGGUGCAAUAAAAUGUAUAUUCUUUA